AUGUCACUUCCAUAUCAAGACCUCGAGGCCCUGGACACUGGAUCCAGCUCCAGCGCCUCAGGAGGCGUCAUUCUAGGCUCUUCCGACCAAUGGAGGACCUGGUAUAGCACCAUCAAGGUCACCGCUAAGAGCCUUGGUGUGUGGAAGUAUCUGGAUCCAGAUGCUUCUAAUCCAGAGAAGAUCCCUGAGGAGCCCCGAGAAACACAGCCUGGCGAUGCCCAGGAGGGAGCUCAGGAAAUAAUAGACCUGACAGAUGAUAAUUACAAGGUUUUUCAGCGCUUGCUCGCCCAUCAAGAUCGUCAAACCCUUCAGUUCAGGUGGACACAACGAAAUUUAGACCGAAUUGGCCAGCAAAUCCGACGGACUGUUGCUACCAGUCACCAACACUUCAUCGCCGAUAUCGAAAGCCCUCGAACACUCCUACAAGCCCUUAAGGACCGUUUCUCGCCUUCCGAAAUAGAACGCAUGCUGGAAUUGCGGGUGAGGUGGCUCAACAAGGCAAGGUCGUCUCCAAAGGACUCGCAGGUGGAUGCAUGGCUCACGGAAUGGGAAAGUCUAUACACAGAAGCCGUCGGGGCUCAAGUCCCUGAUACCACCAAUCCCCGUGUGGCAGUAUAUGACUUCCUCUGUGCUGCCCGUCCGCUAGAUGAGAAUUUCUAUUUCUAUACUUACCAGACAGUCUUCAAGGAGACAAAGGAGGAUAAGGAUGUCUCAUUCACCAGCGUGAUUAACGACUUCCGCCAGCUCCGCGCGACGUCGCAGAAGAAAAGGAGUGGAAAGGGGUCCGCAGUGGGGUUCGCCACCUUGGACGGCCAGAAAGAAGCUGGAUCAACACCAGCGCAGUCAGCCCGGCGGAAAUCUUCCAAACAGCUCCCAGAUUGUGUCUGUGGACAGAAACACUUCUUCCAGUCAUGUCCAUACCUAGUUGUAUCCGCACGGCCAUCUGGAUGGAGACCGGAUCCUGCUAUCGAAAGAAAACUCCCAGAAACCAUCGAAAAGCUUAGUCCGUUCGCCAAAGCAAAGGCGGAAAAGCUCUACAAAGAGGUGUAUUCGAAGAACAGCGUGAACUUUGCCAACAUGGAUCCAGACGGAGACACCGGACUUGGUUUUUUCACGUACGGUGUUACUCAGCAGUCUGACCGUGCGAGUGAGAAUACGCUCAACCAGAAGAUUCCUCGGCCAGUCCCCUACGCUUUCUUCACGCAUAACGCCGAGAAUGCACUCAAAAGCGCCUGGCUAAUCGACUCCGCAGCCAACCGUCAUGUGACCAAUAACCGCGAAGCUUUUAUCUCAUUCAAAGAGAUCAGCGGAAACAUCCAGGUUGGAGACACCGAGACAGGCGUUUUACGGAGUAGGAACAGUGAAAAUCUGGGGCAAAAGCCCAGAAACGGACCGUAA